GAUACAAAAGGUACACAACAACACAUCAUUCAUUUUCUACUUCUUAAUUCACUCAUCCAUAUGAAACUUCAUCUUUGAUAUAUAUGUUGUUGUGCUGCCUCUUAGUUUUUCUUUGAAUAAAUACCUCACAAAUUUAGUUCAGUUUCUUUCUUUGUCUGUUCCACACAAAUUUAUUCAAAUUUCAGUUUGUGUUUUCUGACAGAUCUCAAUUGGUUUCAAGAUCUCAAUUUAUUUGAACUCACACUUUCAGGAAGCCUCUCAGGUUGUGACCACAAUAUCAUGGCAGAGUUAAUUGCUGGAGCAUUUCUUUCUUCUUUCUUUCAAUUCACUCUUGAGAGAUUUGCCUCAAGAGACUUCAAAGACAUCUUCCAUAAAGGGUUGGUAGAAAGACUUGAAAUCACACUGAAUUCUAUCAAUCAAUUGUUGGAUGAUGCAGAGACAAAGCAAUACCAAAACCCGCACGUGACGAAUUGGCUUGAUCAACUAAAACAUGUGGUAUAUGAAGUAGAUCAACUGUUAGAUAAAAUUUCUACUAAGGUACGACGACAGAGCAAGGGGAAACGCUUAUUUUCAACUUUGACUAAUCCAUUUGAAUCUAGGAUCAAAGAUUUGUUAGGCAAGCUAAACUUUCUUGCAGAGCAAAAGGAUGUGUUGGGAUUGAAAGAAGAAAGGUUGUCUCAUAAUGAACUUGAUGUUGGGCUAAAAUAUUCAAUAAGACUGCCAAUGACGUCUUUGGUUGAUGAAUCUAACAUAUUUGGUAGAAAGGGUGAUAAAGAAGAAAUAAUCAAUUUUUUACUUUUAGAUAAUGGUAUUAGCAACCACACACCAUUAAUCAGCAUAAUUGGUCUUGGUGGGAUGGGUAAGACAACCCUUGCUCAGAUUGUGUACAAUGAUCACAUGAUUCAGAAGAGCUUUGAUCUUAAAGCUUGGGUUUAUGUUUCAGAAUCUUUUAAUGUUGUUGGACUCACUAAAGCAAUUCUUGAGUCAUUUGAUUGUUCACCAAAUAGUGAAAACUUGGAACCACUUCAACGCCAACUGCAACAGAAGCUAGCAGGAAGAAAAUAUUUGCUUGUUCUAGAUGAUGUUUGGAAUGGGGAAAUUUGGGACCGUUUGCUACUUCCCUUUAACAAAGGAUCUCCUGGAAGUAAGAUUAUUGUGACAACACGGAACAGGGAGGUUGCAACAUCCAUGAAAUCCACCAUGUUGCUUGAUUUAAAGCGACUAGAGGAGAGUGAUUGUUGGAGUUUAUUUGUGAAACUUGCAUUUCAUAACAGAAAUGUGAGUGAAUAUCCAAUUUUUGAAUCAAUUGGCAAGAAUAUUGUAGACAAGUGUGGAGGGUUGCCAUUAGCAGUAAAAACAUUGGGGAACCUCUUGAGAAGAAAAUUCUCUCAAAGUGAAUGGGUUAAGAUAUUGGAGACUGAUUUGUGGUGUUUAUCAGAGAGCGACAGUAAAAUAAAUCCAGUAUUAAGAUUGAGUUACCAUAAUCUUCCUUCCAAUCUGAAGCGUUGUUUUGCUUAUUGUUCCAUAUUUCCCAAGGGUUACAAGUAUGACAAGAACCAAUUAAUCAAUCUUUGGAUGGCAGAAGGUUUGUUGAAGUGUUGCAGAGGAGACAAAAGUGAAGAAGAGUUGGGUAAUGAAUCAUUCAAUGAUCUAGAGUCAAUUUCAUUUUUCCAACAAUCACUAUAUCUUGGUGUUAAGUGCUACAUCAUGCAUGAUCUUGUCAAUGAUUUGGCGAAAUCAGAGUCCCAAAAAUUUUGCUUACAAAUUGAGGGUGAUACAGUGCAAGAUAUAUCUGAAAGGACACGUCACAUUUGGUGCUCUCUUGAUUUUAAAGAUGAUGCUAGAAUAUCAAACCAAAUUUGUAAGAUUAAAGGAUUACGCAGCCUGUUGGUAGAAAGACAAUUUUAUCAAGGCGAACAAAUCAUGAUAAGCAACAACUUGCAACGUGAUAUAUUUUCAAAACUAAAAUAUUUGCGAAUGUUGUCAUUUCGUGGUUGUGAACUCACAAUGCUAGCAGAUAAGAUAGGCACUUUAAAGCUUUUGCGCUAUCUUGACCUUACAAGAACAAAGAUUACAAGCUUGCCAGAUUCUAUUUGUGAGCUCUAUAAUCUAGAGACUCUAAUAUUGGAAGAGUGUUCUGAAUUGACUGAACUACCUUUAAAUUUUUACAAACUUGUUUGUUUACGUCAUCUUUAUCUGAAUGGAACUUAUAUUAAGAAGAUGCCAAAGAAGAUAGGGACGCUAAAUCAUCUUCAAACGAUGAGUCAUUUUGUUGUGGGUGAGAAGCGUGAAUUUGAUAUUAAGGAGUUGGAUAAUCUCAAUCUUCUUGAAGGAAAACUGAGUAUUUCAGGGUUGGAACAUGUCAUUAAUCCCGCAGAUGCAGCCGAAGCAAAUAUGAAAGAUAAGAAGCAUCUAGAAGAAUUAAGUGUGAAUUAUAGUGAGAAUUUCAAAUUCAAUAACAAUGGAAGAGAGUUGGAUGUCUUGGAGGCCUUUCAACCAAAUAGCAACUUGAAGAGGCUCACCAUUGAACACUACAAUGGUAACUCUUUUCCAAAUUGGCUAAGGGAUUGUCAUUUACCCAACUUAGCAUCUCUUAAACUACAACACUGUAAACUAUGUUCACAUUUGCCGCCACUUGGUCAGCUUCCUUUUCUGAAGGAGCUUUUCAUUUCACAUUGUGAUGGAAUAAAUAUCAUCGGCAAAGAGUUUUAUGACAAUAGUAAUUCAACAAGUCUUCCAUUCAGGUCCCUUGAAGUUUUGGAAUUUAAGCAGAUGGAGAAUUGGGAGGAGUGGUUAUGCCUUGAAGGGUUUCCUUUGCUUAAAGUGCUUUCUAUAACCAAUUGUCCCAAAUUGAAAAGAGCACCACCUCAACACCUUCCUUCUUUACAAAUAUUGAAGAUUAGUGAUUGCAAAAUGUUGGAAGCAUCAAUUACCAAGGGUGAUAGUAUCAUAGAGUUAUGUUUGGAGAGAUGUGAUAGAAUUUUGAUAAAUGAAUUGCCGACCAGCUUGAAACACUUUGUUCUUUGGCAAAAUCGUUACACCGAGUUCUCCGCAGAGCAAAAUUUACUCAACAGUACCAAUCUUGUAGAGUUGAAGUUUGAUUUUAGUGGCUUUGUAAAACAUCCCUCUUUAGAUUUGCAUUGCUAUAAUUCUGUUGGUCUACUUGGUCUAAGAGGCUGGCGCUCCCUCUCCUUUCCCUUUGAACUACACUUAUUCACCAAUCUUAUUUCUCUCUUGUUGAACGAUUUCCCAGAGAUGGAAUCAUUUCCAAGGGGAGGUUUGCCUUCCAACUUGCAAUUGCUUGUAAUAAGAAAUUUCCCUAAAUUAAUUUCCUUGGGGGGAGAGGACUGGAAUUUGUUCAAACUCAAUUCCUUCUAUUUGGCUGACUGUCCAGAGCUGGAGUCGUUCCCAAGGGGAGGUUUGCCUGCCGACUUGAGAUUGCUUGAAAUACAGAAUUGCCCUAAACUGAUUGCUUCGAGAAUGGAGUGGGGUUUGUUUCAACUCAAUUCUUUGAAAUUUUUCAAAGUUAGUGAUCAUGAGUUUGAAAAUGUGGAUUCCUUUCCAGAGGAGAAUCUACUGCCACCAACACUUGUGUCUCUUUCUUUGACAAAUUGUUCAAAGCUAAAAAUAAUGAACUACAAGGGUUUUCUCCACCUCAAAUCUCUCAAGGAUCUAAUGAUUCUUAACUGCCCUAGUCUUGAGCGCUUGCCAGAGGAGGGUCUACCCAGCUCCAUUUCUCGUUUGCGGAUUUCUGAUUGUCCAUUAAUAAAGGAAAAGUACGAAAAGGAGGGAGGAGUCAGGAUAGCUUUGGCAUAAAAUUCAUCACAUCCGUCGUGUGAUAAUUGACCAACACAAGCACUCGGGCAGCAUGACUGACAUGUUGCCUGCCGCAGUGGCAAUUGUGAUCUAUGACCUCUUUCUUGCACGUGACUAUAUGAAGCAAAAUCACUUUGUUAAUCAUACCAUCCAUUCAUCAUAGACUAUUCUCUUUGUUAAUUUAUACCGACCAAUUACAAGGUGAAAAAAGAAGCUAGUGUAUAAAUUGAAUGUCUUGCAAAUUUGUUGUACAAAGUUUUUUAACUGUUAAGAAACUAUUACUCUUGAAUAAUCAUCUGUGUGCUACAACAGUGCAUGUCAACUUACAAGUUACAACAAUGAAAGAACACCUAUCGCAGCUAUGUUCCGUGUGUUUGUUUUCUUCAUCUUCUGCGUGCAUUCUAUGCCUGACUUCUGCAAACAUGAAGCUUAAUUCUUCUCUUUUUAUAAAAUUAAUAUAUCAAGACAAGCACUACUAAUCAAAACCAAUUCAAUUUUACACUAUGAAAAUAACUACUUUUGCUAUAUGCUAUAAAAUUAGUGUUACUGUUUUACAUUUAUAAUGAUUAUAAUGAUACAUCACAAAUUAAUAUACUAAACUGAGACAGUUAUAUAUCCAUUUUGUUAUAACAACAGUCCAUUCACUACAAAAAUAAUUGUUAUUUGCAACACAUAGAUAGCAACAGUUUUGUAGAACUAUUGCUAAUAUAAAAAAAAAAAAA